CGCCCGCGGCCGGGGCUCUGCCCGCCGCGCCUGGGGAGCCGAGGCUCCCGAGCUCCUGUCCCGGCUCCAGUCCGGGGGAAAAAGGAGGGCUGUCCCCUGGCUGAGGCGCACGGCCGCGCGAUUUUCCCUCACUCUCCCCGGCCCCAUCUGUGUCUCCAUGGCGUCUCAUCAGCAAUCCCGGAUCCAGGCUUACCUGGAGAAGAACAAGAUAGGUCCCCUGUUUGAGGAAUUAAUGACCAAAUUAAUAACUGAAACGCCUGACCAGCCAAUCCCAUUUCUCAUUGACCAUCUUCAGUCUAAACAAGGAAACCAUGGACAACUUCAAAGAACUUUAUCUGGAUCUGCAGCUCUCUGGGCAGAAAGUGAAACAUCAGUUUGUUUGUUUGUUUUAACAGAACAUAAAGGAACAAGAAGGGAUUUCAGAAGUUAUGAUAAGCCUUGGCAAUUAAGUGCAAAGAAGCCUAAAAAGUCAAAAAGUGACCUUGCUGUGUCUAACAUUUCCCCACCAUCACCAGAAUCCAAAUCAUUGCCAAGGUCAGUAGAUCAUCCUAAGUGGAACUGGCGAAUUAAACCACAAAGCCGUGAUUUUGAUGAAUUGAACCACAUCCUUCAAGAGAGCAAGAAGCUGGGAAAAGCCCUUGAGAAUCUCUCUCGAAGUAUUGCAAUUUCAGAUGAACUCGAUAAGGUUCAGAGUUACUCCCCAGAAGAUAAUAAGAGAGAAGUAACAACUUUACAAUGGAGAAACAUGAAAGACAUCACCUUAACCAAGUGGCCAAGAGAAGGAAACUGA